GGGUAACGUCCAUGGACAAAUCCCCGCUGUUGGAAGUAGUACUAGUGGUCCUAUAAAACAUCCAUCAGAUGAAACUGCAAGUAAUAAAUCAUAUAAAACAACUACUACACCAAUGACAAAAUCACAUCAUAAACAAUUAACACAGAAUCAUCCAACAAAUCCACAUUCAUCUGGGCAUCAUACUACACCGAAACAGAAUCCAACUACUACUACUAUUAAUAGUAAUAUUGUGAAUGGAAGUGUUAAUCCAAUGUCUAGUACAAUGUUACCACCAACAAAAUCAUCAGAACACGAGACAACAACAACAAUCGUUCAACUACAAGAAACAAUUGCUCAUUUAAAAUCUGUUAUUCGAGCAAAAGAUCAAAGAAUACAAGAACUUGAAAGAGAUAAAGAUAAACUACGUUCUGUGUUGCAUCAGCAAUUGACAAAUAGUUGGGAAGAAUCAAAUCUCUCACCGUCAGCUGAUAAUUCGAAAGUUACUCGUGAAGAUCUUUUACCUAUUAGUGAAGAUGCAUCAACCGAAACUGCUACUUCUACUUCUGCUACCGCUGCUGCUCCUACGACCAAUACCACUACUACUACUAUUACCAUUUCAGCUAAUGCUACUACGGUUACUGCUGAUACUGGUGAUCAUAAUAAUAAAAAAGAUCAAGAUGAAUCACACAGUCCUUCUUCAUCGACUUCAUCAUCUACUGCAGCUGGAUCACCAUCACUGCCUAAUACUGAGGUGACUACACCACCACCUGCAGCUGCAAUAUUACUACGUAAACGUUUAGGUGUAUCUGGUGAAUCAAUGAAAUGUGCUCAAGAAUUAGUUUAUCAUGAUAAAGAUGCACAUUCACGUCGACAAAUACGUGAAGCAUUAAGAAGUAAUGAUUUAAUCAAGAAUUUAGAUGCUGUCCAACUACAAGAAGUUGUUUCAUGCAUGCAUGAACAAACAGUUGCCGCCAAUUGUUAUAUUAUUCGUGAAGGGGAUGAUGGUGGACAUUUAUAUGUUGGUGCAGAGGGUGAAUUUGAAGUUUCAAAAGGCGGUAAACGUUUGUAUGUUAUGGGAGCUGGUCGGUGUUUUGGUGAAUUGGCACUUUUAUACAAUUGUAAACGUACAGCAUCUGUAAAAGCUGUCACUGCUGCACGUGUAUGGGUGUUGGAAAGAGCCUGUUUUCAAACGAUUAUGAUGAAAACUGGUCUGGAGCGUAUUGAAGAACGUAAAGCAUUUCUUCGAAGUGUCCCACUGCUUAAAGAUUUAUCACCGAAUCGUAUACUACGUAUAGCCGAUGCAUUAGAAGCCCAAUAUCAUUCAGCUGGAGAUUGUAUAAUUCGACAAGGUGAACUGGCAGACAGCUUCUUCCUUAUUCAAUCUGGAAAGGUUAGAGUUACUAUAUCUUCAUCACAAAGUGGUCCUAUGGAAAAUAAAGAAACUGAAAUAAGACAAUUAGUCAAAGGUGAAUAUUUCGGUGAAAAAGCUUUACUCGGUGAAGGUCGACGAACAGCUAACGUGUAUGCUGUUGGUCCUGGUGGUGUAGAAGUAUUAUGCUUAUAUAGAAAGGACUUCUUAGAAUUGAUUGGUGAUAUACAAGAAUUGAAAAACAAGGAAUACGCUGAUGAAGAAACACGUCUACUUAGUCAUGGGUCAUUAUCGAAAAAUUUAUCCUCUGGUUCAGAUAUAAAAGAUUCAACCAAAAUGUUGGAUUUAGCUUCGACAACAAAAAGUCAAGAUGGAUUACAUGCAACCACAGGGAAAUCAUUACUGCCAGCAAGUUUAGCACUUACACCCAAGAUACAAUGUAAUAUACAAUUAAAAGAUUUAGAACGUAUAUGCGUAUUGGGUGUUGGCGGUUUUGGUCGAGUAGAUUUGGUGACAUUAGCCCAUGACAGAACUCAAGCCUUCGCUCUGAAACGCUUACAAAAAGCGCAUAUUGUACAGACACGACAACAAGAGCAUGUUUAUUGUGAAAAGCUUAUUCUCUUAUCAGUUUCAUCACCGUUUAUUUGUCGAUUGUACAACACAUAUCGAGAUAAUAAAUAUGUGUAUAUGCUGUUGGAAGCGUGUUUAGGCGGUGAAUUAUGGACUAUAUUACGUGAUAGUCAUCAUCUUGAAGAGCGUACUGCAAGAUUUUGUAUGGCAUGUUGUAUUGAAGCGCUAGAUUAUCUACAUCGUCAUGGAAUUGUAUAUCGUGAUUUAAAACCAGAGAAUAUGCUUGUCACAGCGAAAGGUUAUAUAAAAUUAUGUGAUUUUGGAUUUGCAAAAUAUAUUGGAAUUGGUCAAAAAACUUGGACUUUCUGUGGUACACCAGAAUAUGUUGCUCCGGAAGUUAUUCUUAAUCAAGGCCAUGAUUUUGCUGCAGACUAUUGGUCAUUGGGUAUUUUAACAUUUGAAUUAUUAACUGGAGCACCUCCAUUUCAAGCUUCUGAACCAAUUAAAAUCUAUAUGAAAACUUUAAAGGGGAUAGAUGCUUUAGGCUUAGCACAAAAUAAAUAUAUCAGUUUGAAAGCCUUACAGUUUAUUCGACGAUUAUGUCGAUUUAAUCCAUCUGAAAGACUCGGCGUCGGUAAAUAUGGAAUACAAGAGAUACGUAGUCAUAAAUAUUUUCAAGGUUUCGAUUGGGCUGGUAUAGUAAAACAAACAUUGGCCACUCCAUUCAAAGUUAAGUUGAAUGGACCAUUAGAUCAUUCAAAUUUUGAUCGUUUCACAAUGGAUGAACAAGAAGCACCAGAUGAAUUAUCCGGAUGGGAUGCCAACUUUUAGUGGACUGACAGUGUCUGUUUGUGCGUGUGUUCGUUGCAUGUGUGUGUGUGUGCGCACGUUUCUUACCUUACUCUCUUCAACAAUACACACCUGUUUACUUACAUGAGUAUAUAUACAGAGAUAGAUAUUCUGAGAAAGUGGGAUGAUUCGUUUUUUCUCUUUUCUUUGUCUUUAAACCUAAACGAUUGUGGUGUACUACUGUUUGCCUUUGAGUAUACAAAUUGUAGUGUAGUAGAAAAUUUGUUGAUGAAAUGUAUUUUCUACAUUCAUCUGUGUGUGCUUGCGUGUGUGCGUGUGUGUAUUCGGAUCCAUCUGUUUCCCGUUGACAUUGCUCCUACUGCUGCCAAUGUUAUUGUUAUUGUCAUUAUUUCCUCUCUAUUGUUUCUUACGAUAUCAUAUAUAAAAAUGGUCUGUAUUAUAUUUGCUCCUGUUAUGUGUUUGUUUAUUUUUGUCUGUGUGUGUGUGUGAGUGCGUGCGUGCGUGCGUAUGUUCACUACGUGUAGAGAAAACCUGAGGAAUGUGUCUUAUAUUCAUCAAUUUGUUGUUUUCUCCCUGAUGAAUUACUCCUGUGUGUGUAGGCAGGUAGGUGUCAUACACACAUUGUCACUUGAAAUUAUAUAUAUCAAAACACGCUCCUGCCCCAUCUCUCUCUCUCUCUCUCUGCCACCCUCUCAACACACACUCUUUCCCUAUACACACACUUAAACGCAACUUGAAUUGUUUGAUAAAAGAGAUUAUGCCCCCCCCCGCCCCCACCAACGCAUACACACACCUCCUUUCUGUCUCUAUUUGUGUUUAUUUUGCCUUAUUUUACCUACCCUUAGAAGUAAGUGAAACUAUCUUCUGUCUAUCAGUGAAGUACAGGAGUAUAUAUGUACUAAAACAGAGAGAGAGAGAGUAUAGAACACAAAGUCGAAAGUGAGAGAGUAAAUCCUUCGAAGGUAUCCUACCUAUUAUUAUCAUUAUCAUUACAUAACCAUUUUUCCAUCUGUCUUCAUUUAUCUUCAUGUUGAUUUUCGUCUUAUAAUUUGUGUUCUUUUUCUUUAUAUAUAUAUAUAUAUAUAUAUAUAUAUAUCAAAAAGACAAUAUUAUAUAGAUUCUGAUGUGCCUAUACAUAUAUCUACACUUCUCUCCCUCCCUCCCUCCGGAGAAGAACCAUAGUUUCCUGAUAAAAGACUGCUGAUAUUCAAUGCAUAUAGAUGUAUACGCGUACGUACAUAUUUUGUGUUUUCCGUGAGCUUCCAUUCCUGUAGUAGUCACACACGGAGAAGUCGGAGAUUGUGAAGAAGUGGGUGGGGUGAAGAGGUGGAAAGUGAUGAUGCAUAUACUGUAUAACGCAUAUAUAUAUAAUUCAUCUGUGUCCCGAGAUACACCUACACCUCUGACACUGCUCCUCUAUACAUACCAUUACAAAACACACUAUACGAGAUAAGUGUCUUGAAUGCUUUGACGGCGGCCACGGCGGGAGACGGGGAAUGUAUGCAUGAGAGACAGGCUCUUUGUUCAUUAUCAUCAUCAUUUGUUUUGGUCAACAAUAAGACAAGUCUUUGUGUAUUGAUCCCCUCCUCCCCCCUCCCCCCCACACACACACUGACACACAUACUGAAGGAGAUCCAUGCAGAUAUAUAUAUAUAUAUACAUUACGUCGGCUUUUUGAUAUCAUCCUUAAGAUAAAUAUUUUACAUUUUCAUUCUACAUGACUUCUUACUAUUAGAAAUACGAGAAUACAAAGUGAGAAAUAUAGACAUUAGAAUUCUUGUUCAUUACAGUGAUUCAUACUACGUAUCUUUAUACAUAUUUGAUUACAUAAUAUUGAGAAAAAAACACUUUGUGUUUUUUCUGUUGGUGUUGUUACUGCUGCCUAGUUUGUUUUCAUUGAGUCAUUUAUUAUACGUACCGAUGUGUGUCUGUGUGGUUGUAUACAUUUUGGGAUUUCUACCUACUCUUUGACUCAUUUCUCUCCAUCUGUCCCUCUUUCUCUCUGUCUUUCACACUCUCACACACUCUUUGUGUUCCUAUUCAAUCGAUUUCUGUUUUUCAGAAUAUGCCCAAGAGAGUGUGCAUAGUAUCAUAACUUUUGAGCAGUACUCUGUGUGUGUGUGUGCGGGGGCGUUUGGUUUACGAUGAGAUACACGUUAUAUAUAUAUAUAUAUAUAUAUAUAUAUAUAUAUAUAUAUAUAUAUA